AUGUUUGGGCUGGACCAAUUCGAGCCCCAGAUCAACAGCAGGAACGCCGGCCAGGGCGAGAGGAACUUUAACGAGACCGGACUGAGCAUGAACACCCAUUUUAAGGCUCCGGCUUUCCACACAGGGCCACCCCCUGGCCCCGUGGACCCUGCCAUGAGUGCGCUGGGCGAGCCCCCGAUCUUGGGCAUGAACAUGGAGCCAUACGGCUUCCACGCGCGCGGUCACUCGGAGUUGCACGCAGGGGGGCUGCAGGCGCAGCCUGUGCACGGCUUCUUUGGCGGUCAGCAGCCUCAUCACGGCCACCCGGGAAGCCACCAUCCCCACCAGCAUCACCCUCACUUUGGGGGCAACUUUGGUGGCCCGGAUCCGGGGGCCUCGUGCCUGCAUGGGGGUCGCCUGCUCGGCUACGGCGGCGCAGCCGGCGGCCUGGGCAGCCAGCCGCCCUUCGCCGAGGGUUAUGAGCACAUGGCGGAGAGCCAGGGGCCAGAGAGCUUCGGCCCGCAGCGACCAGGAAACCUCCCGGACUUCCACAGUUCGGGUGCCUCCGGCCACGCUGUGCCUGCCCCAUGUCUGCCGCUGGACCAGAGCCCUAACCGAGCCGCCUCCUUCCACGGCCUGCCCUCCUCCAGCGGCUCCGAUUCCCACAGUCUGGAGCCCCGGAGGGUGGCGAACCAAGGAGCCGUCGACUCGCUGGAAUACAAUUACCCGGGCGAGGCGCCCUCGGGACAUUUUGACAUGUUUUCGCCUUCUGACUCCGAAGGGCAGUUGCCUCAUUAUGCGGCGGGUCGCCAGGUUCCUGGGGGCGCUUUCCCGGGAGCCUCGGCCAUGCCCAGAGCCGCGGGCAUGGUGGGCUUGUCCAAAAUGCACGCCCAGCAACCGCAGCAGCAGCAGCAGCAACAGCAGCAGCAGCAACAGCAGCAGCAGCAGCAGCAUGGUGUGUUCUUUGAGAGGUUCGGCGGGGCCCGCAAGAUGCCUGUGGGUCUGGAGCCCGGAGUGGGCUCCAGGCACCCGUUAAUGCAGCCGCCCCAGCCGGCCCCGCCACCCCCUCAGCAACAGCCCCCGCAGCAGUCGCAACAGCAGCAGCAGCCGCCGCCACCCGGGCUUCUGGUCCGACAAAAUUCGUGCCCGCCUGCGCUCCCUCGGCCCCAGCAGGGCGAGGCGGGCACGCCCAGCGGCGGCCUGCAGGACGGAGGCCCCAUGCUGCCCAGCCAGCACGCGCAAUUCGAAUACCCCAUCCACCGGCUGGAGAACCGGAGCAUGCACCCUUACUCCGAGCCGGUUUUCAACGUGCAGCAUCCUCCUCCGCAGCAGGCGCCCAACCAGCGGCUGCAGCAUUUCGAUGCGCCCCCCUACAUGAACGUGGCCAAGAGGCCGCGCUUCGAUUUCCCGGGCAGCGCGGGAGUGGACCGCUGCGCUUCGUGGAACGGCAGCAUGCACAACGGCGCUCUGGACAACCACCUCUCACCCUCCGCCUACCCGGGCCUACCCGGCGAGUUCACGCCGCCCGUGCCCGACAGCUUCCCCUCCGGGCCGCCCCUGCAGCACCCUGUCCCGGACCACCAGUCCCUGCAACAGCAGCAGCAGCAGCAGCAGCAGCAGCAACAGCAGCAGCAGCAGCAACAGCAGCAGCAGCGCCAAAACGCGGCCCUCAUGAUUAAACAGAUGGCGUCGCGGAAUCAGCAGCAGCGGCUGCGCCAGCCCAGCCUCGCCCAGCUAGGCCACCCCGGGGACGUGGGCCAGGGCGGCCUGGUGCAUGGCGGCCCGGUGGGCGGCUUGGCUCAGCCGAACUUUGAGCGCGAAGGCGGCAGCGCGGGCGCGGGGCGCCUGGGAACCUUCGAGCAGCAGGCGCCGCACUUGGCGCAGGAGAGCGCGUGGUUCCCAGGUCCGCACCCGCCGCCCGGAGACCUGCUACCCCGCAGGAUGGGCGGCUCGGGCCUGCCUGCUGACUGCGGUCCGCACGACCCCAGCCUGGCGCCUCCCCCUCCGCCUGGCGGGUCUGGGGUGCUGUACCGGGGCCCUCUGCAGGAGCCGCUGAGGAUGCCCGGGGAGGGCCACGUGCCCGCGCUGCCUUCGCCGGGCCUGCAGUUCGGGGGCAGCCUGGCCGGCCUGGGCCAGCUGCAGUCGCCUGGGGCCGGGGUGGGGCUGCCCAGCGCUCCUUCGGAGCGCCGGCCACCGCCGCCAGACUUCGCUGCGCCCGCGCUGGGGGGCCAGCCCGGCUUUCCGUUUGGCGCAGCGAGCCGGCAGGCCACGCCACACAGUGGCCCAGGCGUGAACUCACCCCCGAGCACAGGCGGGGGCGGUGGCAGCUCGGGCGGCGGCGGGGGCGGCGGGGGUGCCUACCCGCCACAGCCUGAUUUCCAGCCCAGCCAGCGCACCUCGGCCAGUAAGCUGGGCGCGCUCUCCCUGGGCUCCUUCAAUAAGCCCAGCUCCAAGGACAACCUGUUCGGCCAGAGUUGCCUGGCUGCGCUUUCCACCGCUUGCCAGAACAUGAUCGCCAGCCUAGGGGCCCCCAACCUCAACGUGACCUUCAACAAGAAGAACCCGCCCGAGGGCAAGAGGAAACUGAGCCAGAAUGAGACCGACGGCGCGGCCGUGGCCGGUAACCCGGGCUCGGAUUACUUCCCGGGAGGGACUGCUCCUGGGGCCCCAGGACCGGGAGGCCCGUCCGGGACUAGUAGCAGCAGCUCCAAAGCCUCGGGGCCGCCCAACACACCCGCCCAGGGGGACGGCACCAGUCUCUCCCCCAACUACAACCUAGAAUCAACGUCGGGGAAUGACGGCAAGCCAGUUCCCGGGGGUGGUGGCCGGGGACGGGGUCGCAGAAAAAGGGACAGUGGUCACGUGAGCCCCGGGACCUUCUUUGACAAGUACUCAGCAGCUCCGGACAGCGGGGGCGCACCUGGGGUGAGCCCAGGGCAGCAGCCAGCCUCAGGCGCUGCCGUCGGGGGAAGCUCCGCGGGCGAGACUCGCCGGGCCACGACACCCCACGAGAAGGCGCUCACGUCACCGUCGUGGGGGAAGGGGGCUGAGUUGCUCCUGGGGGACCAGCCGGACCUUAUGGCGUCCCUGGACGGCGGGGCCAAGUCGGACGGUAGUUCGCCGCACGUGGGCGAGUUCGCCUCGGACGAGGUGAGCACUAGCUACGCCAAUGAGGACGAGGUGUCGUCCAGCUCCGAUAACCCCCCGGCCCUGGCCAAAGCGAGCAGGAGCCCCCUGGUGACCGGCUCGCCCAAACUCCCUCCCCGUGGGGUAGGCGCCGGGGAACACGGACCGAAGGCGCCCCCGCCCGCGCUCGGCCUGGGUAUCAUGUCUACCUCUACCUCGACCCCUGACAGCUACGGCGGCGGUGGGGGCACGGGCCAUCCGGGCACGCCGGGCCUGGAGCAGGUCCGGACCCCGACGAGCAGCAGCGGCGCCCCGCCACCCGACGAGAUCCAUCCCCUGGAGAUCCUCCAGGCGCAGAUCCAGCUGCAGAGGCAGCAGUUCAGCAUCUCCGAGGACCAGCCUCUGGGGCUCAAGGGCGGCAAGAAGGGCGAGUGCGCCGUCGGGGCCGCGGGCGUGCAGAACGGCGACAGCCAGCUGGGCAGCUGCUGCUCCGAGGCUGUCAAGAGUGCCAUGAGCACCAUCGACCUGGACUCGUUAAUGGCGGAGCACAGCGCUGCCUGGUACAUGCCCUCCGACAAGGCCCUGGUGGACGGCGCGGACGAUGACAAGACGCUGGCGCCUUGGGAGAAGGCCAAACCCCAGAACCCCAACAACAAAGAAGCCCAUGACCUCCCCGCAAACAAGGCCUCGGCGACCCAGCCCGGCAGCCACUUGCAGUGCCUGUCCGUCCACUGCACAGACGACGUGGGCGACGCCAAGGCCCGAGCCUCCGUGCCCACCUGGCGGUCCCUGCACUCUGACAUCUCCAACAGAUUCGGGACAUUCGUGGCCGCCCUAACUUGAAUGACAAGAAAUACCCCGUCCCCUGCCAGGCCCUUCCCUCCCCCCUCUCUGUCUCCUGCCCCCUCCCCUGGCCCCACCCCCCUGUUCAUUGGAAAGGGCCACUAUUGCUGAGUGGAUGAUUUGUUUUUUUUGUUUUCUAGGUUGGUACCUGCUUAGUGGCAUAAAGACCGGAAAGGGUU